AGGCUGUUUACCAGCGCAUUCUUAGAAAGCCAGAAGAUGAGCACUGGGGUUGACACAACUAAACCAACAACGUUUAGUGCAGUUUUUAAACACAUUUCACCACCAACCGCUGUGGAUAAUUGCCUUUAUUGCCACCUAAUUCAUCCUAAAUUAAAAAACCUUGUCAUUACUCGUGGUGGAUUCGUUGAAAUAUAUAAUGUUAAAUCCAGUGCUUCUGGGGAAACGCGAUUUAAUUGGGUAUACGGAACAUCCGUAUACGAAAAUAUCGCUGACAUUGUCACUGUACGCUUCACAGGUGAUCUUUUAGAUUCACUCCUUCUGAGUUUCCCGGAAGCUAAGGUUGCUGUAAUGAACUUCAAUCCUGUCACAUUUGAACUAAGGACCUUAUCCCUUCACAACUACGAAUUUGAAAACCUUAAGUCAGGUCGAAUGAACUUUACAAAGCUUCCUAUUCUAAGGCUAGAUCCACACCAACGUUGUGCCGUUAUGCUAGUAUACGACCGUCAUCUCGCCGUUUUACCUUUCCGACGUACAGAAGUUUUAGUGUCCACAGAAACGGAUCCAAAACAUAUUAGUGUCAGAAACUCGCUUUUGUGGCAGCAAAGAGCGACAGCACCAUUAUUAGCCACGUUUACGACGUGUCUAAGCACAUCAACUGGAGAAAAGAUUAACAAUGUCCUUGACAUGCAAUUUCUUUACGGAUUUUAUGAACCAACAUUGUUGGUGUUAUAUGAACCCAUUGGUACGUGGGCAGGACGCGUUUCAGCUCGAAGAGACACAUGCUGCAUUGUGGCACUAUCUUUCAACCUUCAAAAGCGGACGAAUCCAGUUAUAUGGUUUCAAGAAUCUCUACCAUUUGACUGUCGUUCAGUCAUUUCUGUGCCUCAACCGAUAGGUGGAGUCGUAGUUAUGGCUGCAAAUUCCAUUCUAUAUUUGAAACAGACGCUCCCAUCAUGUGGUCUCCCACUAAAUUGCUAUGCACAAAUAUCGACCAAUUUUCCUAUGCGUCAAGACGUGCCAUCUUGCGGUCCGUUAAGCAUUGACGGUUGUCGUGUAGUUACUUUAAAUGAAACACAGUUUUUGAUUGGUACACGAUCUGGGAAUCUCUAUUUGCUCUCACUCUGGCUUGAACAAGCCACUCAGACUGUGACCAGUUUGCUGUUUCAUAAAGUUGGCCACGCAGUACCUCCUCAGUGUAUGGUUCUUCUAGAAUCGAAAUAUUUAUUCAUUGGUUCACGCUUUUGCGACUCUGUCUUAAUGAAAAUCGAUUAUUCUUUAUUAUGUGUUGAUGCAAAUGGAAAAGAAGUAGAUCAUCAGCUGUUAGAUCAAUCUAGUGGUACUAAUAAUACGUUAAAGAAUUCAAAACUUGCAGAUGGCAAAAGUAUUGUUGAAGACGAUUCCGAUGAGAUUCCUAAUAAAUGUCCUCGUAUAGAAAGAGAAGGAGAAAACGACAAGAUGAUAUCAAAGUCGCUAUCACAAAGUACAAAAAGGAAUACACUAAAUGAAAGUGAUAUCGUAUCAGACAAUCAUUAUAAAUUUGAUGACGUCGAUGUUGAACUCUAUGGUGAAAGUAUUCUUAGUCCGCCUUCGAUUUAUCGAGAAAUUAUUAAUUAUAGUUUUAAAGUAGUAGACCGAUUGAUCAAUUUGGGACCAAUGGGACAACUAACGUCUGGUGAAGUUCCAUGUUUAGCUCCUGGUAAUACUGAUCCUACAGAUGAGGCUCUUACUUAUGCACAAGCAGAGAUGCACCAUGUUGAGUUAAUGGCAUGUAUACCACGUUCAUUUAAUGUACCAACUGAGAAGAAUCCGGUUUCUGGUGGAGGUGUAGCACUUUUGCAUACAAGUGUAAGACCAAGAGGUUUAACUGCUUUUGAAUUGCCUGAAUAUAUGAGUUUAUGGUCCCUUUAUGGUCCACCUAUAGUUACUCCUGUUCAAAGCAUUCCUACCUCUCCUGUUAGUAAACCUUCAAUUGGAACAAACGGCAGUCCAACCACAGCUUCAAACGGAAAACUAGAAAUACCAAACAUUCAUUCAGAAGAAGAAAAGAUAGAUGAGAAUUUAGUAGAAAAACCAACAGAACUCAACGAAGAUACUGAGAAAACUACAGGUGUCACUGAAUGCAUUACAGAUAAUGAUACAGACAAAGAAACUUCUAAGGAUAAUGAACCAGUUGUAAAUAUAUCUGAUGAAAAUGAAAAAAAAGUUGUAAAUGAAGACAAUUUUGAUGCAGAAUCGGAGCUAUCUAAUGAUCUAACACAUAGUUAUCUUUUACUGACUAGAGAAGAUUCUACAAUGAUUCUUGAAGUGAGUCAUGAAAUAGUGGAACUUGAAGUAAGUGGAUUCAAUACUACAGAAAUGACUGUGGGUGCAUUCAAUUUGGGUUUUGAAUACAUUCAACAAGUUAGACGAGAAACAAAUAAAAACAAUAAUGAUUCUGAUAAUAUACCAGAUCAAUUGACUAAUUUUGCAACCACUAAGUUAACCAAACGAAAUGAAAUGAAAUCUCCUAAAGAAUAUAUUGUGGGAAUUGAUUAUCCCUACAUAUUACAGGUUUCACCUACAUCUUUACGUUUACUUGAUGGUCCAAGACUUAUAGAGUAUGUUCAAGUGACAUUAGAAUGGCGUAUACAUUUAGCUAGUUGUGCUGAUCCUUAUAUUUUAUUAUGUACUGAAGAUGAUGAAUUAUUUUUAGUACGGUUAAAAAGUCAAGAUGACAUUAAUAGAUUUAGUCCAAUAAAAAAGUCAAAUAAUAAAGUUAUUACAUCUACACUAAUCGAUGAAAAUGGUGAUCAACCUGCAAAAUCAAUAUCUACAACUCAUUUAGAAGUGAUCAGACCGAAAGUUAAACAGGUAUCUGCACCGCUUUGUUUCAGUUUAUAUCAUGAUUAUGCUGGACGUUUAACUCGAUGGCUUUGGGCUUGUAAAGACUUACCAGCUGACAAUUCAUUUUUCAACCUACACACAACUGCUUCUGUGGAUCACUUAGUUUCUUGUCCAGGAAUUACAUCUUGGCCAGAACCUGGGUCAACUACUCCAGCUGCGGAUUUCGCAGCACCAUUCGCUUCACCAACAGAGAAAUCCGCACAGUUGAUCAGUGCAUCAGAAGAAGAAAGUAUUCUACUUUAUGGUGAACCAAUUGAAAUUUGUAAAAGAGAAGGUUCUGUAGCGCUUGGUAAUAGUACAUUGCAACCACCUAAAUUUUCUCUGUCUACUACACCUCAUUCAUCUUUAAACAAUAGUUUGACGGAAGCUAAUGUUAUGGAUGAUUUAACAGAAGAAAAACUGUCGAAGUAUUUCGCAUUUAUUGUAUUCACCAAUGGUGUGCUUGAAAUUUAUAGUUUACCCGAUUUUACUUUACUAUAUGAAGUCCAUCAUUUCACAGAUCUUCCACAAAUGUUGAUAGAUCAUCGAGGUGUAAGUAGUGAACAACUUCAUAAGCCGUAUACAAACUCACAAAAUGUACCAUAUACAGAAGACGAAAGUAUACCACCGUCAAUUUUGGAAAUUCUUGUCUAUCCUAUCGGAAUCGAUAAAGAUCGCCCAGUGUUAAUGGUUCGAACUAGUCAAGAAAUAGCAUUUUUUGAAGCAUUAUGCCCUUUACCAGAUGAAGCGCAUCCUCUUAUUUCUGGAACAUUUUAUGAAGGAAGAUUACGCUGGAGACGUUUACCUUUACCUUGUCCACUUGUUGCACCACGUCGUGUCCGAACUGAUCCGAAAAUUAUGGAUGUUCAGUCCACAUUAUUAACCAGAACACAUAUGCUGAGAAGUUUCGAAAAUAUUGGAGACCAUCGUGGUGUAUUUGUAUGUGGAGGAAAUCCUAUUUGGUUAUUUGCUACAGAAUCGGGACAACUUCGUGUAUUUCCACAUUCAAUCGAUGGAAUAAUGGGUAGUUUCGCACCAUUGAAUGCAGAAAUUUGUCAUUCAGGAUUUGUCUAUUUCACAUUCUCUAAUGAAAUGCGUCUAGCUACCCUACCUCCAGGUUAUUCGUUUAAUGAACAUUUAGGAAUAAAAUGGAUUACUCUUGAUCCAGUGCCUUACUAUGUACAAUACCAUGUAGAAAGUAAGACAUAUGCUGUUGUCGGUAUUCAUUCAGAACCGUGUAAAUCUGUAUUUCGAUUAAAUGCUGAAGGUAAUAAAGAAGAAGAUGUUUUAGUUCGUCCUAAAACAUGUGUUCUACCAACCUUAGACUAUUACUCUUUACAAAUGUAUGCACCAAAUUUAAAUGCUAAUCAUCGUAAUAAACAAUCCCCAUGGCUAUUGAUUCCCAAUACGCUCAUUGAAUUUGAACCGUGGGAAGUUGUCACAUGUUUGAUUACAGCACAAUUAGCAUCUGAAGAGACGUUUCAUGGUACAAAAGAUUAUUUGGCUUUAGGUGCAAAUUUAUCAUAUGGUGAAGAAAUACCUGUACGUGGUCGAAUUCUAAUUUUAGACGUGAUUGAUGUAGUACCAGAACCUGGUCAACCACUUACACGACAUAAAUUGAAAAUUAUACAUGAUGGUGAGCAAAAGGGUCCAGUGACAGCUUUAACUAGCUGUCAGGGUCAUUUAAUCAGUGCAAUCGGACAAAAGAUCUAUAUUUGGACAUUGAAGAAUACUGAUCUUGUGGGUGUAGCAUUUGUUGACUCGGAAUUAUACAUCCAUAAUUUAUUAUGUGUGAAAAAUUUAGUUUUAGCAGCUGAUGUAUUAAAAUCUGUUCAGUUGUUAAGAUUUCAAUCAGAUUUACGUGUUCUCUCUGUUGUCAGUCGAGAUAAUAUCUCUAGAGAAGUGUAUACAUCCAACUUUUUUGUAGAUGGUCGACGUUUAGGAUUCAUGGGUUAGUUAUUGUUGGUGUGGUUUUACUGUUUCUUUCUGUUUGUUUUUGGUAACCUUAAGAAUGUGAUUAUACAACUUAUGUGAGACUUAUUUAAACACAUACAAGCAGGGAUUCGUAUCAGGUGAACCAGUCUAUUACAAAAAUAAGUUUUUAGCAAUUGAAUAUUUGAGUUAAAGUUGAUUUUCCUGACAACGUGUUACGUAAACGAUCACAAUGAAUUAGAUAUACGAGCAAGUUAGAAUAAAGUUAGAGGCGGUCAAACUAAGUUGUGCCAUCAGUCCAUGAAGUUAUUGACGGUUGAUCUGAGCCAAUAUUUGUAGUUGCAGACUAUCUCAUAAUCGUUGGUUGAAAACCGUUCACUCUCUGUUUUCAUCUAGAUUUCAAGUUCCAGUAUUCCUUCAUUCAUAUAUUUCCUUUCCCUCUUCUCGGACUAUAUUCUCGGUGUUUAGUCCUUCUCAUUAUGAUGGUUCUUACAAUUAUUUUAACUUUUUCUAUUCAUAUAUUUUUUAAUCUCGUCGUACUAGUGUACCAUAGCAAGUUGGAUCAACGUAUGUCUGUGUCAGACUCUACUUUAGUUGUGAUUGACUAAUUAACUCAUGAAAACUUGUUUGCAGCCCUUAUGAAAGCAGAAAGAAUAAAGUCCCAAUAUAUUCUUAAAUACUCGUUACCCCCAUUAUAUGACAAAUGUCUUUUUAAAUAAGAAAUAUUCCAACAUUGUUCGGCUAUGGUAAAACUCUGUACUGAAGUACAGGCCAUAAUUUAGUUGAAAUGCCACCUAAUUUGAAGUAUACAUAUAUAUACUGACUGGACGAGAUUUUAAGAAAUUAUUGGACUGUGUCGUUCAUGCACAUGAACUCAUUUGAAUUAAUUAAAUACUUAAAGGACAUAAAUAUAAAGACAAAGUGCUCCUUCGAUGUGAACACUUUAUUUACAAAUGUACCUCUCAGGAAAACUAUUGAUAUUUUGUGUGACUAUAUUUCUUUGAAUAACCUUCCACUGCCAUUUCCUGUUAACGCUCUUAGAGACUUAUAAUUAUAGUGUAUAGAUAAUGUAAAAUUCACUUUUGACGGUGAGCACUUCCGACAAAUAGAUGGUGUAGCUAUGGGCAGCCCUCUAGGACCAUUGCUGGCUGAUGUGUUCAUGGAAUAUGUGGAAAAUUUAGUUGGAGACUCAAUUCGAAAGAUGGUUCUGUAUAAACGAUAUGUAGAUGACAUAAUAAUCAUAGGUGAUAAAAUUGAAGACAUAAACCGCUUGUUAGAAGAAUUCAAUAGUAGUCAAAAGCACAUUUCUCUUACAUGUGAAGAAGAGAAGAACAACCAACUUCCUUUUCUUGACAUCCUGAUUACUAGGAGAGAUGAUGGUUCCAUCAAACGUGCUAUAUAUAGAAAACCAACAUGGACAGGACAAUAUCUUAAUUUUCAUAGUCACUGCCCUAUACAUUAUAAACGCGGUUUAAUAAAGAGCUUAUUCAAUAGAAUCAGUCGUAUUUGUACUAGUGAUACUAUUGAAGUAGAAACGAAGCUCUUGACUGAUACAUUAAUGAAUAAUGGUUAUUCUUUAAAGUUCAUAAACCGCUGUAGGGGUUACAAUACGACUAGACCUAUGACGCUUCUGGCACCCAAAAAGCGAGUUUAUAUUACGUUACCAUUCAGAGGUGACACAAAUAGUCUCAUGCUGAAACGGAGACUUAAAUCAGCUAUCAACCGGACAUUUUAUGCAGCCCAACUUGUCAUUAUCGAAAAGACAAGGUCUAUGUUUCACCAAAAGCCCAAACAGCACGAAAGCGAUUGUCACAUCCCAUUGUGUCUAUCAAUUUACAUGUAUGUGUGGAAACACGUACAUAGGGAGGAGCAAUCGUGAUUUGCAAUUAAAGGUGGGUGAACACAUACCAAAAUAGUUGCAGAAGCAAGUGGAUUCCAAUGGUCAAAUAAGAUCACAGGAUAGACGAACAUCAUCAUCCAUUGCGAAACAUUUGAUUGAGACGGGUUAUAAGGUUGAUAUCAAAUCAGCAUUUGUAGUGUUAUACAAAAGCCUUCUAAGAUGUAAACUAAGGUUUAUUGAAGCAGAUAUGAAGAAAAACGACAAAACAACAAAGGUCAUAAUAAUAGACUGAAUAAUAAUCAAGAAAACUUGUAAAAGGUAGUAAUAAUAAAUUAUUAGAGUUUAAAGUGCAAAAUAGUAAUAAUAAAAGUGCAUUUAAAAAACAUCUAGAAACAUACCCAUUAAGGGAAUUAGGGUCAGGGAAGGAUGAGAGGUUGGACAAACCGUUUCUGCACGCAAAGUUCAGGCUUUAGUUUGUGGAUUGCCAAUGCCUCUGCGGUGCAUAAAAUAUUGAUUCGAACCCCCUUCGAUCCAGUUCCUUUGACUCUGUAAACUAUUUUAAACGAAGAGUCUUUUGGAGCGAUAUGUCCACAGUUGAUUAAGUGCUCGUGAUUGUUUUUCGCUCCCCUUUCAAGAGCCAAGCCGGAUAAUGUCCCGAGAUGCGUUUGGAUAAUGAUCGCCUUGUGCGGCCUAUGUAACAUGCCCCACAUGAGCAAGUAAAUUUAUAGAUACACAUUGAAGUGGCCCAAAGCGAAAGUUUGUCCUUAACACACCCCUUGAUUAGUACGUUAACCUCAUUUGUUAUUUAUUGUCGAAUCCAUUUUUGUGAUACAAUCCAUUCUAUCUUUCUAUAGACAUACAUUUUCCAUAUAACUAUAUAUACGAAUGUACAGUUUAUUGAAGCCUUGGCUAUACGGAAAUUGAAACCCCCUUUAUGUGUUCAAAAACAAUUUGUCCUUACACUUAACCUACCCUGGUAAUACUGAUUUAUUAUCCAGAGUAGUAAUCACAUUUGUUUUGUGUACUUUAAUAAUUUUUCCUUUGUUAUGACUUACCCUUAACCUGGUGGAGAAGAUUUGUAGCUCAGGUGGAUGAUUUUGGUGGAGUUUUGUUCUCUGAAGUUUGUGCUGAUGAUGUCGUUCAGAAGAACGAUGAAAGCUCCACGACCAAACCAUCCAGCUCAGAGAACAAAACUCCACCAAAAUUACCCUUAACCUGUCUAGUUGACCUUUUAAUUUUCAUAUACAAAAUGUUCUUAACAAGUAUAUGUGUUAUCAGAUUGUUCGAAAUGUAUUGCGCAAAUAUAUCACAUAAUUCUGAUAACCUUCGUAUGUAUUACUUUGUGUAUCAUUGUGUGUAUGUAUGGCCGUGGAUGAAUAUGAGAUUUACAAUGUGAUAAAAUGGUUCAAUCUAUACAUAUAGAUGUAUCUCUGUAUCAAUUUUAUUAUUUAAAUUUACAUUCGCUUAUUUUAGAUAUUCCAUUUGUAUUCUUCAUACAUAUUUGUUAGCUAAUAACUUUUAAUUUCGCUUAAAUUAGCUUGCUUUCACGUAUCAUGCAACCACUGAAAUCCUUUAUUCUUAACCAGUUUAAUGUGUAGUUUAACAAAUUAGUUAAGUGCUCGUAAUUUUGCUGUUUCGCAUUACAUCCAAUCUAUGAUAAUUCCAUUUCUUUCAAUAGUAGCAGUACUAUUUUCGCUUUCAUAAAACUGAUCUUUUUAAUCAACUUCUGAGAAACGCUUAAUUUCUUUUGAAUCUUCUUACAGACUUUGAGUUAUAUCUGUCAAGGUAGUAAACCGUUAAUAGUACAAACCUUAGAAAAUGUGCUGAGGUUUCACAUAAUAAUAGAUUUCAUGUAAAUAUGUGUUGUUUUUUCUCCUAUCUCAAAUUGAUCUCAGUAUCUGAUGAAUUGGGCAAUGUUACCAUCUAUAGUUAUGAUCCAUUAGAUCCUUCAAGUCGUUCUGGAAGACGGCUUGUUCGUUGUGCAGAUAUGCGUUUACCAUCUCGUGCAACCUGUUCACUUCGUGUGGCCAAUCGACUUAGACAUGCUUUACUCUCAGUUAAACCUUCGUCAACAACUACAGCGUCAACAUUGACAGCAGGAACUUCAGCGACCAACCAAAAUCCUACUAAUACUAUUUUAGAUAAUAUAAGUCUUGUUGAUUCUGUUAGUCAAAUGAAUAACUUAAAACAAUCACAACAACAACAACAAUCUACAGCUGCGCAACAAGGGACCACCAAUCCUAACUCUGGUGUUGAUCCAGAGAAAUUUAGACAGUCUAUAUAUUUUGGUAGUCAGAAUGGUUCUAUUUACCGAAUCGGUCCUAUACGUGAUAAAAUGUAUAGUCGCCUUCGUAUAACUGAGAAAAAUUUAAUCCAUCAUCUUGGACCUAUAUGUGGUAUGCCGCCUAAAUCAUGUUGGUCAUAUAAUCGUCCUCAACCAGAAUUAGCUAAUCCAUGCGGUAAAGUUGCAGACGGUGAUUUAAUUUGGCGUUAUCUAACUUUACCACAUUGUCAACGUUUAGAGAUAGCUAAAAAAUCCGGUCAAAGUUUAGAAAGUGUAUGUUUAUUAUCUAAUUUAUUAUGUUUCCUUUUUUUGAAGUUACCGGAUAUUUACAGUUUGAUAUAGUGAAUAGAACAAAUUUUAUUAAUUCCUUCUUAGUUUCGACACAUUUCGUCUCUAUGACACACGAUCACAUUUGUCAAAUAGUUCUUACGACGAAAGUUCUAAGUGUUUUAUUCCUCAAUGUUUUGUGAUUAUUUCAUACAUAAAGGUGUCUAUAAGUACAAACAUGAACCGUAAUAACUAAGAAGGACGACGGUAGCCUUAGAUUAUUUCUAAUCAUUUGACGUUGUAGCACUUUAUUUACUAGUAAACUAUAAUGGAAGCCCAAAUAAGUCCACCUCUUUUGUUGUAAAUCGCUUAAAUAAUGGAUUCUUACAGAAUGUCAGAUUUUUAUGAAUUCAUAUAAAUUCUACGUGAUGAAGUUAGUUCAUUUUCAUGAUAUCUAAUGACAAUAAAUUGCGUUAUAUCAAAAUUUUAUAGAUGUGUUGUAAAGACUUAUCCACUGGGAUUCAGUUUAUUAACGUAACUUGACCAUCUCGAAUUCAACCGUUCAGUCCUAUCGAAAGUCAAGUAAUAUACUUGAUUUUCCAUAUAUAUCCAAGUAAUAUAAGCUAAUAUUCAAGUGCUAUCUUCACAUACUAGAAUGAAAACACUUUCUUGCUUCCUUUUUGAUUAAUAUGUAACACUGAAUGUAAACUUGAAAAGAAAGUUUCGUAACUAUCACACCUUAUCUUUCUGUAGAGUAAUCGAUCAACCUAACAAAUGUACCAAUUACGGUCGAAUUUGCUUUUCAAUUUCCCCCUCUCAAUCAAUAAGGAUUCCAUUUACAAUCAUGAAAUAAUUUGAAAAUAGUCCGUCAUUGAAAAUGUUUUUGUGAUUGCUUUUCAAUGUGUAUCCUGACUAGUUUUUAAGUAUACUUAUUCAGUCAAUAAUUCUAAAAUUGUAUAUGAUAUUUUCUAUAUCCAUCAUUAUUUACAUUCAUGAUAGUGAUCUGUAGCAUAAGUUAUCAUAUAACUCCGAUAAGUGGGAACAUGUAGAAGACCUGGCAAUGACAACGGAAAAAGCUGCAACACAGCAAAUACAAGACAACUAUGUGAUAUAAUGAAGAAACUAGCAGGGAAAUACAGUAAACCAGAGAGACCAGUCACGGACAAAGAAGUGAAGCCAAUCACUGAGAUUCGAAAAAGAAACGGAGGAAUAGGUGUGUAGAACACUUUGAAGAACUCUUGAAUAGGCCAGCCCCACUGAACCCACCGGACAUCGGGACAGUACACACAGAAAUUCCUAUAGUUGCCACUCUCUUAACGAUCGAAGGUAUCAGCAUGGCCAUCACACGAAUCAGAAGUGGGGAAUUGGACGGACUAGACAUUAUACCAGCUGAAGCACUGAAGUCAAACAUAGGGGUAACUACAAAGAUGCUCCACGUUCUAUUUGUGAAGCUUUCGAAGGAAGAACAGGUCUCGACAGACUGGGAAGAAGGAUAUCUCGUCAAGAUACCAAAGAAAAGAGAUCUGAGCAAGUGUGAGAACUACAGAAGCAUCACACUACUAUCGGUACUGGGAAAAGUUUCCAACCUUUGGUUUUCGAUAUAACUAUAUCCCACUAAUAUCUCAAUAUUGUCUGCAUUUGCAAAGUAUUACUUGAGUAUUGGGUAGUAGUAGAAUCCAGGAUAUGUGUUUCACCCUACUUACAACUCGUCAACUUGUUUCACCUUUAUCCCAAUGUUUUCCAGUUCAAACAGGAGAGCAGUAUGCCAUGUUAGUCACCAACUUUUUCAAUUCAUAUGACAUCGAUCACUGUAAGGAUUUCUGUGUUAUCUCAAAAUGGAGUAGAAUAGAUCAGAAUUAAUUUUGUUCUAAAACUUUUCUUCGUAGCUAUCUCUAAAAGUGGUUUUUUCCAAUUACGGCAAUACGAAUCGAGACAUUGUUGUAUUUGGAAUAAAGUAUCGUAUUGUUUCUAUCAAACCUUAUAUUUAAAGAAAAUAAACGAUUACGUGAUGUUCAUACUGUUUACUCAUUGUUUUGGUUUUUUAGAUAAUGGAUGAUAUUGCAGAAUUGAUUGCAACUACAUUGCAUUUCUGAUGUUUAUUUACGUACUUCAUCUAAUCAAUGCUCUGUUGUAUCAUCUUAACUGUAUUUUACUAAUAUCUUCUGUUUCUCGUAUCUUUAUCAAUGUUUAUGGCCCAUACCAUCAUCAAACGAGAAAGAACAUUUUACGUACCACGAAAUAUUUUUGAAUUAAAGAACUGAUAAAUAAAAGUUAUUUUGUGUACAGUUUUUUUAUAUAGGAUGUUGUUGAAGUUAUAUAUAUAUAGAAGUUUGUUGUGCCAAGUUUCUAAAUCUUUUAACUCUAUAAAAAACUCGGAAUAUUCAUAUCCUCCUGAAAAACAACGUUGCGAAGUUACAAAGGGUUUUUCAGGAAACACUCUGUUUACUAAGUUUGAUGUAAUUAUUAUUGUAGGAUUCUAUAGCAUAUUGUGAAUGCUUUUGAUAACUGACCAUACUUUCUGAUACUUUCCUUCGUGUUUUCUUUAUUUUUCAAAUACAAUUGGUUAGAUAA